AUGUCUUCUCCAAUGAGACUGGCAAGUGGCCUUCUAGGCCGAGCCACCCGCAAUUCUACUAUCGAAUCCGCCCCGACACAACGCAUCCUUCCUCUCCUUCGGAACAACGCCGUGCAAUGCCGAGCCUACAGCCAAGCACAACGUCCACGAUGCGAACAAAGCAUGCGUACCAUGAUAAACACACAGAAUAACUUCUCAACCUCCGCUUUCCGCGCAAAAGGCAAGACAAUGGGCCAGAUGAAACAGCGCAACGCGACCGGCCCAUUCUCGUGGAAGGCCGCGCUGCUUUUCGUGCUGACCGGCGCCGGAAUGACGCUGUACUUCCGGGUUGAAAAGGCCCGUCUGGAGCGGAAGCGCAUGACGGAGAUGAGCAAGGGCGUUGGCAAGCCGAAGGUCGGCGGUCCGUUCGUGUUGAAGGAUCUCGACGGGAAAGAGUUCACGGCAGAGGACCUGAAGGGGAAAUACAGCUUUGUGAGUGAUUUAUCGGAUGACUGGGAAGAAAUGAAAAGGGUCUACUUCGGCUUCACUCACUGCCCGGAUAUUUGCCCCGACGAGUUGGACAAAAUGGCCGAGAUCAUCGAGAAGGUCAAGGCCGCUACUAAGGAUGAGAAGCUCUUCAUGCCUGUUUUCAUUACUUGCGAUCCUGUCCGCGAUACCCCCGAGGUGCUCCGCGAGUACCUGAAGGAGUUCCAUCCCGGCAUUGUCGGUCUGACUGGCACGUACGAACAGAUUAAGCACGUCUGCAAGCAGUACCGUGUGUACUUCAGUACUCCUAAGGAUGUCAAGCCUGGCGAGGACUACCUCGUGGACCACAGUAUCUACUUCUACCUGAUGGAUCCCGACAACGAUUUCGUCGAGUGUAUCGGGCGCCAGGACACCCCCGAGUCUGCUUCCAAGGUCAUCUUAGAGCACAUCAAUGACUGGAAGCGGGAGGGAAAGCCUCUCAAGACGGAGUAA